AUGCCCAACGAAACCCAGCGCAAGGGUUCCACCCCUGAGGAAAAGCAACGUGUGCUUGACGCCUACCUACGCGGCGACGAUUGGAAGCUUGUUACCAAGCACAAUGGUGUUUCCAAGGCUACGGCUUGGCAUGUGACCGAUACAGGACGGACGUCGUCGAAGCCGCGCGGCAGCUUUCGGCUAACUGAAGCCAAGGUAACUCCCGAAGUAAGAGCUGCGUUCGAGCGCUAUUUGAACACUACCUGCCAAUACACUCUGAGCGAAAUCAAGUCGUUUGUUGCCGCCGAUUUUGCUGGGUUGUUGCUGUCGAUUCAGACAAUCAGCAGUCACCUCCUCGGCAUGCUAUUCACCAUCAAGUAA